UCAACUUGGAGAAUCCACAGGAGAGCAAAGGGUUAAAAAGUCGGGCUGAUUGACAGAGUGGCAGCUGUCUGAAAUCAGUCCCUAAUUGCUAAUCAGCGUCGCUGCAGCUUUAAAAGCACCACACCUGAAAGGAGGGCGGUAAUUCAAAGCUGGAGAGGGACAAACUAAAAAGCGUGCGUCCAGCAGCAGCAACAAACCAGCAGAAGAAAACUACAAAGAAGCAGCACUGGUGCAGCCAUAAAAAGCUGGAGAGGCGGCCGGUUUUUCACCUUACAACCUUACGCUGUACUGCAAACAACAAAAACUAAAGUAAAGAAGAACUCAAAAGAAAACAAAGUUGUGGUCAUUGUAUGAGUGAAACCCAGUGAAAACCUCCUAUAUGGACUGUACCAUCCCUUUCAAGCGGGGAAACUGCAAAAAUACCCAAGGGCUUGACAGUGAAAAACCGGGGCUGUAAGCUGGAACAGUGAAAACAGUGACCUGGAAAAAGAUAAAAAACCACCCUGCAAACAGUCAGUGGACCCAAAUCCAACAUGGCUGAUCAAACAGUCAGGAAAACAGUUGAGCAGCUCAAAAAUGAGCGGACUGCUGCAAAACGAUCCUUCACACGACUAGCUAACAGUAUCAUCAGAACUCACGACGGCAUGUCAGAAGACCAGCUCCAAUAUAGCUUCAAUAAACUCUCCAUGGGAGCCGACAAAGUCAUGGAAACCAAUGACGAAGUCAUGGCAGAGGUCAUUGCAGUGAAGGAGGCAGAGCUGAAAGAGGAGGAGUCAGUCGAACUAACCGAACAGCAAGAAGCCGACAUAGCAAGGACCACAAAUGAAUGUGAAUUAAAGCUGAAGGAGGUUGGAGAGCUACUUAGAGACAUGCUUUGGCAAAAGUUUGGAGAUGAACUGUGCACAGCUGUAGAACUAGCAGAAGCUGAGUGUGAGCGUGUCGCUCGAGUACGUCCUGAUGGCAACCAUGAGGCCUACGAAUUCAUGCUCAGCCAUCUGAAGUCACUGGUGGGGACCGCAAAGGAAGCUCAUUGCAAGUGGCAGCAGUGGGUUCCAGUGGAAGACCAGAAGGAGUUCCGCAAUCGGUUGAAAGAGAUCGAACGGGAAGCAACCAGUCUGGUUUCCAGAAAGGCUGAGUUCAUCAUGGCGAGACGACAGGAAGACACAAGGUCAGGAUCAACAAAUACUGCCAGUCAUCCCAUCUUUACCCCAACCAUUAGGCUGAAACCCACAGCUCUCCCCAGAUUCUCUGGCUACAAGCGUGAUUUUCACAGGUGGAGAAGAGACUGGGAGUCGCUCCAAAAACAGGGAGAACCAACCGGCUCCAAAGAAGUGAAAAAGAUACAGUUGCUAGACAGUCUCGAUGACAGGAUCAAGAAAGACUUUCACCUCACUACUUAUAACACCGCAGAUGACAUUCUCCGUGUCUUGGAGAACCGCUAUGGCAAUCGAACGGCUAUUGCCAUUGAAAUAGUGGAAGACCUUCAGAAGAUGUCUUCUGUCAGAAGUAGCCAACCAAGGAAAAUUGUCGAGUUGAUUCAAGCCGUGGAGAAAGCACUCUGGGACCUGAGUGACCUCGGAGACACAGGCGCCAUAAAGAAUCCUCUCGUAACAAAAUCGAUAGAGAGUAAACUCCCUGAGUCCCUUAAGAAGGAGUGGCUUGUUUAUGUAGCCGAUCCAAAAAAUGGUGUGACACCAGAGAAAAGGUUUGAUUAUCUCUUGGCGUUUCUCAAGCAGCAAGAGACUAUCUACGAGGAGCUCGAGCAGCUACGAGAUGAGGAGCCAAGUAAACCAAGUAAGCCGAGUUGGAAAGACACCAGAAUUGAGCAGAAAAGUGCCAGAACCAAGUCUACAAAGUCAGCUGAUGACCAAGGCUGUGUAGUCUGCGGCGAUGUCAAACACAAGAGGAAGCUCUACUUCUGCAAGCAGUUCAGGGCUCUGAGGGCAGCAGAAAGGAAGGCUUCAGUAAAGAAGUUGGGUGCGUGUACAAGAUGCCUUGAGGUUCACGACGACCAGUCAUCCUGCAAACCUGGCUUUCUAUGCAGAAACGAGGACUGCAGAGAUGGAGAGGCUGAGCAUCACUACUACCUCUGUCCCAAAUCGGUGUCAAAGAGGUCUGGUGACAAAUCUGAGAAGGACAAAGGCAAAAAGAAGUACACAGAGGGUCAAGAAGAUUUCAUCAAAAAUCUCCCACCAGACCUAGCAAAGCAGUGUAGGGAGGCUUUCUCAAAUGUUGCCUCCAGAGUCUUCAAAACUUCAAAUGACCAACAAAGUCUACUUGAAAAGAGUGGAAUGCAAGAGCUUCCAGUGAUCAUGAUGCUACUCGUCGUCACAGCUAACGCCGGACAGAAAGUCGGAACACUCAUCGACUUAGCAUCUGACACAAAUUACAUCACUCACAGAGCGGCCAGCCGCCUGGAUCUCAAGAGUGAAGAUAUCAUGCUCGUUGUACACGGAGUUGGCGGAAUGAAGGUUCAAGUAAAGACAAAGCGCUAUCUCCUCAAAAUCCGUGUAUCCACCCCCAAGGGCACACUGAGAGCACAUCAAUUGGUUUGCUAUGGGCUUGACAACAUUGCAGAUGUCCACAAAAGUGUGACACCUGAGCAACUGCAGCCAUUCUUCCCAGACGUACCUCUUGAUGAGCUUGUGAGGCCCAAAGAAGUCGAGCUUCUCAUUAGCCACAGAGAAGGCCAGCUAGCUCCUCAGAGGAUCAGAGUCGUGGGAGACCUCGUACUGUGGGACGGACCACUCGGGAGAACAGUUGGAGGAACCCACCCCAGACUGUUUGAGGAGGUUGAAGUGUCAGCCCACAUGUCAAAGACGCACUUUGCAAGAUCAAUGAGAGCAGCAGCUGUGAAAUAUGAAGAGCUCACUAACCCCAUUCCAGAACAAAACCCCUCAAGCAAAGAAGCAGCUGAAAUACAGGGAUCAACUGUUUCGACCAGCAAAGAGAGUUUCCUGAAAUGGUGGCAAUGGGACAGCAUUGGCGCAGCAUGCGAGCCCAGAUGUGGAGGCUGCCGGUGCGGAAACUGCCAGCCCGGUGGUAAAGAAAUGACCCUUGCCGAGGAAAGGGAGCUUGAGGUGGUAAAGGAUGGACUCACCUAUGUCAUGAGCGAUGAUCACAGCAGAGAACCACAUUGGCAUGCAAAGUAUCCCUGGCUAGAGGAUCCAGCCUCACUGCCGAACAACAGAGGUGCAGUUGAAGCAACAUUCCUAAGAACAGAGAAGCAGCUAGCCAAAGCACCAGAGUGGAAGUCUGCCUACAAAGCUCAAGUGCAUGACAUGGUCGACAGAGGAGCUGCAAUCAAGUUGACUAAAGAGCAGAUCAUGACCUGGAAAGGACCAGUAUGGUUCGUGAGUCACCUUAUUGCACCAAACCCACACUCUACAACAACCCCAGUAAGACUCGUCUGGAACAGCAGUCAAAAGUUCAGAGGCACCAGCAUGAACGACUUGCUGAUGAAAGGGCCAGACGUCCUUAACCAGAUACGUGCUGUCCUCCUGAGGUUCAGAGGGGGAACCAAUGCUGCCUUAGGGGACAUCAGGAAAAUGUACAAUUCUGUAUGGUUGGAAGAUAGAGAGAUGCACCUCCACAGGUUCCUCUGGCGGGAUUCUGAGGACAAAGAGUUGGAGGAGUACGCAAUCACCAGAGUCAAUAUUGGUGACAAGCCUGCAGGAUGCAUAGCACAGCUCGCAAUGCGAGAAACAGCCAACCUACCUCCUUUCGCCCACCUUGAAGAGGAGCGAGAGGUACUACAAAAUGAUAGCUACGUUGACGACAUCCUCACGUCUCACAACGACUUCGAGAAGUUGAAAACCAUCACAGCAAACGUGGAGCAAAUCCUGAAAGCUGGAGGUUUCCUGUUGAAGCCUUGGGUCUUCUCAGGCCAAAGUGGGAGGAAGGGGAACGACAACAAACCAAUGAAGACCAAAGUUAAGAACAUGGUCCUCCCGAAUCAAAUGAGGGAUGAAGAUAACAAAGCGCUUGGUCUAGGCUACCUUGUGGAAGAAGACAAGAUCCAUGUCAUGGCAUCCAUUAACUUCUCAAAGAGAAAGAAGAAGAUGCGACUUGGCCAAGACCUUCUACUAGACCAAGUAAGAGCGCAAACCCCAAACCCUUUGACAAGAAGGAACCUCCUGAGUCAAGUCUCAGGGUUAUAUGAUCCAGUUGGUCUGGUAACUCCUGCCAAGCAGAAGGGUGCCAUCCUUGUGCGGAGAGCAUUCCAGGAGGCAAAGAGCGACAACUGCCCUGUCAAAGACACCUGGGAUACAGCAUUGUCAGACAGCCUCAGAGAAGAUGCAAUCCGACUCUUCGAAGAGUAUGUGCAACUCGGGCAGGUUACAUUCACCAGGGCCAUAACGCCUCCAAGCUUCAUUGGAAAACCUUGGGCAAUAACAUUCUCCGAUGGAAGCGAGCAUGCCUACGGCGCUGUGAUGUACCUCCGGUGGAACACCGACCAAGGCCCAUUCGUCACUCUGGUGGAGUCCAAGGCGAAACUAACUCCUUUAGACCAAAAAGGUGAUGCUGUCAAGGCAGAGAUGUGCGGAGCAGUGUUUGCCUCACGUCUCAAAAAGUACUUCGAGCAGCACAGCAAGAUCCAAGUUGGAAAGUGGUUCCAUGUGAUUGAUAGCCAAACAGUCCUCGGUGCAAUCCAGAGAGUGAGCUAUGGUUAUCAGACCUUCUUCGCAAACAGAAUCGGAGAGAUCCAGAACACAACAGCGAUCCAAGACUGGUGGUGGGUUCCUGGUCCUCUCAAUAUUGCUGACAUCAUAACCAGAGGGGCCAGUCCUCAAGACCUGGAUGAAACUUCAGAAUGGCAGAACGGACCAACGUUCUUGAAGUUACCAGUGGAUGAAUGGCCAAUGAAAUCUGCCAAAGAUUUGGUGACAGCUGCCAGAGACAGUGUCAACAGAUUGCAAAAGAAAACGUUUGUUGCAGCACUAACCAGAGCCAAGGCCAAGGCACAAGUGCCAUCAGAUCCAAAGGAUGCCAACACACAAAACCCAUUAGAACUAAAGCUAGAUCAGGAACAAACCCAAACACACCCAAAAAGGCCACCAGCAGGAUCAGCUGUCCUAAACCUUGUGAACGUCAAGCGGUUCAGCAAUCUAAGUCGACUCGUCAAGACAGUUGCUUGGAUUUGGAGAGCAGCAAAGAAGUUCAUUAGAGGGAAACGCCAAACUGCAAACAGUCCAAAGUGGGAGGCAGUGUCGUCUUCACAAGUCAUCUCAGUGAAAGAGAGAGAAGACGCCCUAAGAGACAUCUUUCUUGCGGUUCAACAAGGUGCAUCCUUCCCAAGUACAACCACAGACAGGCUGGUGGUGUACAGAGACCAAGAGACUGGCUUGUUGGUCUGUGGGGGUCGCGUGCAGAUCUUCAAUGAAGAUAAAGUUGCUGUCCCUAUCUUGUCGUAUGAAGCCUGGGUAUCAACGCUGUUAGCACGAGAAGCCCACGAGGAGAACCACGAUGGAGUGGCCGGAACCUUGCUCAAGAUGAGGAGGAGAGCAUGGGUCGUUAAGGGUCGGAGGAUUGCUCAGAAAGUGGUCGAAAACUGCAUGCUCUGCAGAAAAACGAAAGCAAAAAGAUGCCAGCAAAUAAUGGGUGAUCUACCUCCAGAGAGGACAGAACCAGCUGCCCCUUUUGAAUACACAACAGUAGACCUCUUCGGACCUUACCAAGUCAAGGAUGAUGUCAAGAAAAGAGUGUCACUGAAGGUUUGGGGAGUUGUGUUUUGUUGCAUGGCUUCCAGAGCUAUUCACACAGAGCUGGUGAACUCUCAAUCCACUGAAAGUUUCCUGUUCGCCUACCAGAGGUUCACAGCACUACGAGGUCAUCCAAAAAAGAUCUGGUCAGAUCCAGGUACUAACUUUGUAGGGGCUAAGCCAGUCCUAGAAGAACAGUACAGAUUCCUUGCCAAUCUUGACAAAGCUACACUAGAAGAGAGAGCUGCCAAGAAUGGCACAGAAUGGACAUGGAAAAUUCAUCCAGCCGAUUCUCCACACCGGAACGGUGCUGCAGAAGCUGCUGUGCGCAUCAUCAAGAGAGCACUGCAGAGUCUGGGAGGAGAGUCGGGGUCAAGUUGGAGUGAAUUCCAAACAACUCUCUACAUGGCAGCCAAUCUUACGAAUGGAAGACCAAUUGACGCCAGAACACAGAGCCGAGAAGACAGCGUUCAGUUCAUCACUCCUAACUGUCUCCUGCUCGGACGAGCAUCGCAGAGUGGAGAUGUCAGAACAUUUGACUUCAGUGACUAUCCCUACAAAAGGCUUAAAGAAAUGCAAGCGCAAGUGAACAAGUUCUGGAGGCACUGGAGUCAACUCGCUGGCCCUAACCUAUUCGUAAGGAACAAGUGGCAUACAGCCAAGAGAAAUGUCGCAGUCGGAGACAUCGUCUGGAUUGCAGACCAAAACGCCCUGAGGGGUCAGUUCAGGAUUGCAAGAGUGGUCAGUGUCAACUCGGACAGCAAAGGAAUUGUGAGGGAUGUCAACGUCAGAACCUUCCCAAGCUACCCUGUUCCUGUCACAAGGCCUACCACAGCAAAAGCAAAUCACCAAACAUCGAAAAAACUCAAAGAAGAGAUCCCAGCGACAGUUCUUCACAGAGACGUCAGGCGACUGGUCGUCUUGCUUCCCACUGAAGAGCAGAACAAAGCGUCUGACCCAAGUUUACCUUUGUAACAUGCGACCUCCCAGGUGUCUCCACUGGAAAGUCGAGUGGGAGGUGUGAAGUCAACUUGGAGAAUCCACAGGAGAGCAAAGGGUUAAAAAGUCGGGCUGAUUGACAGAGUGGCAGCUGUCUGAAAUCAGUCCCUAAUUGCUAAUCAGCGUCGCUGCAGCUUUAAAAGCACCACACCUGAAAGGAGGGCGGUAAUUCAAAGCUGGAGAGGGACAAACUAAAAAGCGUGCGUCCAGCAGCAGCAACAAACCAGCAGAAGAAAACUACAAAGAAGCAGCACUGGUGCAGCCAUAAAAAGCUGGAGAGGCGGCCGGUGAGAAACGAACUGUGUGGAACUAAUGUGAUUUGUUUAUUGAGAGAUGUGGUUUGAUAGAAACGGUUUGAAUGCUGCUAAAAAUUCAGUCUAUAUUUGCAUUUUUAAUGAGACUGCAUAAGUUAAAAACUGUUUAAAAACAUAAUUCGUAAAAAUACACUAAAAGGAAAAACAAUAUUCACAAGUGUUAAAAAAUAUAUGUAAAGCAUGUAUUUUUGCAUUUAUUAUUUCAUGUGCAUUGUAUUUACAGUAAUUAUUUUUAUUUUUCAUUUAAGGUUUUUCACCUUACAACCUUACGCUGUACUGCAAACAACAAAAACUAAAGUAAAGAAGAACUCAAAAGAAAACAAAGUUGUGGUCAUUGUAUGAGUGAAACCCAGUGAAAACCUCCUAUAUGGACUGUACCAUCCCUUUCAAGCGGGGAAACUGCAAAAAUACCCAAGGGCU